CCCUCUUACGGGUCUCACACCUUUCGGAGAACCUGAACAGCAGGACAAGACCGUUCACUGAGAUCUGAAAGGGUUUUGUUUGCCGGAAAAUCAGUGGACUCACUAUUUUAAGUUUUGUUCUGUCAUUAGAUAAAGAGCCAGCAUGUCGAUGGGCAUGGAGAUCGUGGGCAUCGCCCUUGGAGUCCUUGGAUUUAUCAUUGCGAUAGUGACAUGUGCCCUGCCAAUGUGGAAGGUGACGGCCUUCAUCGGAGCCAACAUUAUCACGGCUCAGACCAUCUGGGAGGGUUUGUGGAUGAACUGUGUCACCCAGAGCACGGGCCAGAUGCAGUGCAAGGUCUACGACUCGUUGCUGGCCUUGCCUCAGGAGCUGCAGGCGUCCAGAGCGAUGACCAUCAUCUCCAUCAUACUUGGAGUGCUGGGGGUCAUGAUCUCCAUCGUCGGCGCCAAGUGCACCAACUGCAUCGAAGACGAGGCGUCCAAGGCUAAAGUGAUGAUCAUCUCCGGAAUCUUCUUCGUCCUCGCCGGCCUUUUGGUCCUCAUCCCCGUCUCCUGGACGGCCAGCGUCAUCAUCCGGGAUUUCUACAACCCCAUCCUGACCAACGCGCAGAGGAGGGAGCUGGGCGCAUCGCUCUACAUCGGCUGGGGAGCGGCCGCCUUGCUCCUGAUCGGUGGCGCCAUGCUGUGCAGCAGCUGCCCGCCAAAAGAGAAGCAGUACAAGAUGCCCCGGAUGGCGUACUCCGCCCCGCGCACCGUCAGCGCAGGUGGAGGCUACGACAGGAAAGACUAUGUUUGAAUGGAUAAAGUUUGGGUGAGAUGUAACGAAAAUGUUUGCUGCACAUGAGUGUUUGUGUGUGUCUGUGUUGUUUUUUGCUGUGUGAAACCACAGGGGGAACCCUGCAAAAAGACUCCGACAUGAAGAUGUUUGUACAAAUCCUGAUCUUUCUGCUUCUAUUUUCGGCAGGUGUGUCUUGUUUAAGAGGCUCUGACGUUCAGUAUAUGAACAGCGAGUUUUCCAGUAAAAAAAUCAUUUUGUUCUUUUGAAAUGUGUGAGCACAUGUUGUAUUAUAUUUAUACUGAAACUUCUGUGGCAUUAUGUGAGGUUGAAAACACCUGCUUCUUGUCUGUGUGUGUGUGUGUGUGUCUCUGUAUUUAGCUGUUGGCUGACUGGGGUCGAGUUUCACUGAGACUUUCAGCUGAAGCGCUGUGUGUCAGUUCACUGACAAUGAGGAAGAGACAGCUCUCAUUUAGCAUGGAUUUGGGCGUGUGAUUGUACAGUGUGUGUGUGUGUGUGUGUUUUGCAUGUAAUAUUUGCUUAGGAGAGUUUCUGCUGAGGCUGAAACUAAAGAUGGAUUCACGAUAUGGCCCCAGGUAACAACUCUAUCUUCCAUCUCACAGUCUCACUGUUAGAGGACACAGAAGAGACUGUUUCAGUCCGCGCACAAAGCCCAACAGUUUAUGUCCAUAUGUGUGAGUUGAUUUUAUAUUUCUGUAAUAAAAAUGUAUUUUUAAUGUAUUUUAACACCAAAUAUUCCAUCAUGUGUCUGCUUUUCAAAUAGAUUUGUAUUGCCUCUUAGUUUCAAACAUUUUUGUAUAUUGUAUAUGAGAAUCAACAGCCUGUACGAUCCUCUGCAUGUCAAACAAAGAGCCAAAGGAUCUCUUUACUGUGUGUGUGUGUGUGUGUGUGUAAGACACCCUGAGGGAACAUGAGUACAACCUACAACUGUUGUAGGAUGUUUGUUUCCAGAUCAGCAGGAUGUGUGUUUUUUGUGUAAAAAUCAAACAUUUCUCUAACUCACCUCCAUGUGUUCAAAGUUUAACACAUUUUUUUAAACUUUGUUGUUGUUUAAAUGCUGUGAAAAGAGCUGACGUAUAAGAUAAGAGGCUUUGUUAGAUGUCUUAUUGUAGUGCUUAAAUUGCAAAUGUGUCGAAGAUUUCAAUAAAAACCAUAUA